UGAUUGGAGCAACUCACGUCAGUCAAGCCCGUGUAAGCAAGUGUGGCUGCAGUGCGUCGGUUGUUGACGUCGCUAUCAGAAGUCAACUAACCCAGAGGAGAGCUAGCAGUAACAAUGCAGUUUCUGGGCCGGCUGUUGGACACAGUGUCCUCUGUGUCAACCCUCUUCACCAGCCCCUACCGCGUCAAAGAUGUGCCGCUGUCUGACUAUGGUGGAGGAGGCAAGGUCAUGCUGAAAGAGGAGGGACGCAUGGUCCUGUACAAAAACACCCAGUGUCAGUCAUGGGACUGUCUGCUCAUGUGCCCUGAGAUGCCGACUAUGACUCUGAGGCUGUUUCAGGUGGCUUCAGAGGCGGACGCCAUGAACUGGUUCGCCCAAUAUGCCCUCAAGCUUCGCCCCUUCUACGAGACGCUUCCUCUGAAGGCUGACACUACCCAGCCAAUUGUGGACUGCAUCCGCAACCACCCAGACUGGAGUUCUGCCCACAUUGCCGUGGAGACAGGCCUGAGAGAGUGCCUGAAACAUAACUACGUCCAGAGUCAGAUCAAUGCUCGGGAUGCAUCAGGUCAGACGCCGCUGCACCUGGCAUGUGAGCGAGGCAACUCGGCAUGCGUGAAGGAGCUGCUGGAGGAAAGCCAAGCUCGCACCGACAUCAAAGACCGCAAUGGAGAGACGCCAAUGCACUGUGCCGCUAAGCAGGAUUCUCCUGCCAUCAUCCAGGUCCUGUGCUCACGGUUGUGCUCAGGGGUGAAUGAGCUGAACAGCAAUGGGGAGACGCCGCUGCACGUGGCCUGCCGUCUGGGACGCGUGGACUCCGUCAAAGCUCUGUUGGGGGGCGGGGCCAAGUGUGAUGUCAUUGGUGGCGUUGGCUAUCCCAUCCACAGUGCCAUGAAGUACAGUGAGAAGGGUUGUGUGGAGGAGAUCCUCACAGCAGACCCAGGCCAGCUCCAGGCUGAGGACUCUUUGUAUGGAGGGACGCCUCUGCAUUGGGCCAAAACUGCAGAGUUGUGUCGUAUGAUGCUGGAGCGUGGCUGUGCAGUCAACUACCUCAGUAAGACCGGAGAGAGCGCGCUCCAUAUUCUGACCAGGAAGGGCCGCUUUGAGGCAGCCAUGGUGCUGCUCACCCAUGGAGCGAAUGCCAACCUGAAGGGCCAGGAUGGAAACACAGCACUGCACCUAGCUAUGAAGAUGGACCACAUCGAGCUGAUCAAAGCUCUCAUUGUGUUUGGGGCUGAUGUGGAGAUCCACAACGACCUGGGAGAAACGCCUGGUCUCAUCGCUGCUCGCACCAGCAAAGGUCCGAAUAGAAAGAUACUGCUGGACAUGCUGUGUAGUGUAGGGGUCCAGCGGUGCCUCCCACCCUCCCCCGGCAGUCCUCCCCCCAUCACCAACAAGGCCAAACCUGCAGGCAUAGGGUUUGAGGACAUCAUGUUUGUGGGGGCUGCAGUCAGUGCAAUGAACAGAGGCAUGUCUGAAGUGGAUGGCACCAAAAUGGAUAAAAACAAGAUGGACCGGCUUCUGUGUCUGGAUGGUGGAGGUAUUAAAGGCCUGGUGUUGAUCCAGAUGUUGAUCGCUCUGGAGAGAGAGGCCGGUCGGCCCACCAGAGAGCUCUUCGACUGGGUGGCUGGCACCAGCACUGGGGGCAUCCUGGCCCUCGCUAUAAUCCAUGGUAAGUCCAUGGAGUACCUGCGCUGCUUGUACUUCAGGAUGAAGGAGCAAGUGUUCAAGGGGUCACGGCCUUAUGAAUCAGCACCACUGGAGGACUUCUUGAAGAAAGAGUUUGGAGAAAACACCAAGAUGACAGAUGUCCGAUACCCCAGGGUGAUGGUGACCAGUGUUCUAGCAGACAGACAUCCGGGUGAGCUGCACAUCUUCAGGAACUAUAACCCUCCCUCCAUUCACAAGGAGCCCCCAUAUGCCACCACUGCCACAUUCAAGCCACUCACCAUCCCACAAGGGUGGGAGGAUGAGGAUGUGUUGAUAGUAGGAUACACAGAGGAACCAACCAGAAAGCGUAGGAAGGUGACAGAUGAAGAACAACUUGUGUGGCGAGCUGCCCGCUCCAGCGGGGCUGCCCCCACCUACUUCCGACCAAUGGGGCGCUUUCUGGAUGGAGGGCUGCUGGCCAAUAACCCAACACUAGACGCCAUGUCAGAAAUCCAUCAGUAUAAUAAAGCCUUAAAAGCGGAGAGUCAUGGAAAGGAAACCAAGAAGUUGGGUAUAGUGGUUUCCCUUGGUACAGGUAAACCUCCUCAAGUGGUGGUCAACUCUGUGGAUGUUUUCCGGCCGUCCAACCCUCUGGAGCUGGCCAAGAGCUUUGUCGGAGCCAAGGAGCUGGGCAAGAUGCUGGUAGACUGCUGUACAGACUCGGAUGGCUGUGCAGUGGACAGAGCCAGAGCAUGGUGUGAAAUGAUUGAUACCAUUUACCACAGAUUAAGUCCCCAGUUGUCUCAAGAGGUAAUGCUGGAUGAGGUGAGCGACGCAGUCCUGGUGGACAUGCUAUGGGAGACCCAGAUGUACCUGUAUGAGAAGAGGGAAACCCUCCAAUCCCUGGCAAAGCUGCUACUCAACAACUGAAAGCACAAGAAAGGAGAUAAGACAAGAGGCUGUGAAAAUAGGUCUUUAAGAGCAGGAGAGAUGGAGAUCAUGAAAGCAAAGGAGAAUCAGAGAGAGGAGACAAAGACUAUAGUGACUGGGCGAGGCACAAAUAUUAGUGGCCUAUGUGUUUGAUUCAAGACUGUAACGUCUUUGUUGGUGUGCUCUUUAUUUUUUAAGACAAAACUUGAGACCGACAACGGGACCACAACGACUUUCAUAUUCUUGCUGAAAGUCAGAACGCAGUAGGAAAUAUGUGAAUCAAGACUGACAGUGAAAAAAAAAAAUUGACGGACUUAUCAGCAAGUUAUGUAGCAUCAUGUGACCUUAUCACUAGGAAGUGAUUUCACCCAAAUCACACUCAGCUAUCUGUCAUCCCCCCUUCAGUGUUACAAAGAGCAUGUUUGAAUCCAGUUUUGACUGGCUGUGAUAAAACUACUGUAUAACACUUCCCCUCUUAUUCCUGCUUCUCCACACAGAGACAUAUAGUAUACUGACAUUUCCCAUAAGGCCAUCUGAUCAAACUUACCUCCAGUAUGUACUGUAGCACAACUUGGAUGAUGGUGAUGAUCAAACCAGUUCUGCCUUAUGUGUCUGGGACCCAAAUUUGUACCUUUCUUUUUCUCUGCAACACAUUUUCAUGCCUUUACUGUUAUUAAGUUAUUUAUACCGGCUUUAAACACAAUAUUUAACUUUACAAGCAUCCAUAACUCACAUGCACAUUGUACACUGUUACAACCUCUUAGUCUGUUGUAACAAGUGUAUUGAGCACAUAUUUAAUAUGUAUUGUAAAAACUGGACUUGACUUUUCAAUUUACUUGAAGAACAAAGAAACAGAAGACCUACUACUACUUGCACUACAUAAACUAGAGGUUACAAAUUAUUUCCUAUGUUUUUUGUAUUUGGAAUAAUCACUGAAGUGUAUACUGGUAAGGUAAUAAAAUAUAUUAAGAUGGAAUAAA